AUGUCGCCGGCUCCCAUCAGUUGUCUGUUAGUUUUUUGUAUUUUAUUGUUGCAUUUCUCGAUUGUUUCCACGUCUUGCAGUGCAUCUUCCGACGACUCGAGUAAUAUUGGUUUUGCGGAUUGUCUCACCCCGGUAUCAUUGUUCUUCAGGACCUCUUUUCACUUGAUAUGCACAAGUUGGAUGUAUUUCUCGCAGCAAUAG